AUGUACGUUCUGGCAGUCGGGGCGACCUUCCUAUCGUUGACUGUCCUGUUCGUCUCCCUGCGGAUCGCCACGAGAAUCUUCUUCAUUCGCACCCUAGGGUGGGAUGACUUCUUUCUUGUUUUUUCCAUGUUGUCGAAUGUGGCUUUUUUUGGCCUCACGGUUAUCCAGGUCCAGAAUGGCCUAGGAAAGAAGGAAAGUACACUGAAUUCCAAAACCACCCAGAAACAAUUGAAGGCACUAUGGAUCACGAUCCCGUUGUACAACCUGACUAUGAACCUCACCAAAAUCUCCAUGGGCAUCCUCUACCUCCGCGCCUUUAAGACAAAGAUCUACCAACGAGUCCUGAUCGUCUUCUUGGCCUUCGUUGUUAUCUCCGGACUCUGGGCGGUACUGAGCACCCUUUUCUUCUGCACCCCGAUCCGCGGGUUCUGGGACAAGUCGGUUCACAGCUACUGCCUGCCUCAGAUAGUGAUCUGGUGUGUUAACGCCGCCCUCCAAAUCACCACUGACUUGCUCACUGUCAUUCUUCCUAUGCCGGCAUUGGCGAAGCUCCACCUAGCUCGACGCCAACGAUUCGCCCUGAUCGUGAUAUUCGCUAUAGGACUCUUUGUCGUCGCAACGAGCUCAAUCCGUCUUUGGCAAGUAAUUGAGUUUAUACGAGGGCCUGAUACAACCAAAGAAAACAGCAGCGCCACCAGCUGGUCCUACAUCGAAACCAGUGUCGCCAUAAUCUGCGCCUCGCUUCCACCCCUUCGGCCCCUCAUAGCCCGCCUCUUCCCCCUCCCAAUAUCAGAACAACAAGCAGGAACCUCAAACCAAGGCGACACCCAAGCCGAGAAAAAAACCACCUCCAAACCAGAGGCCGACCCCGCACGCAGCUUCACAAACACCAAUAUAAGCUACUCCGCCAGCCAACACCACCAACACCAACACUACCCCAGCGCCAACACAACAACUACCAUCACCAACAACAUCAACACCAAUACCAACAGCGAAGACCCAGUCGGCCGCCACUUGAGCUCGACCAUGCCGCGCCGGCCAUUAGACGGCAUCCAAGUCGUGAAACAUAUCUUCUGGGACUCGGACUCCGCGCACAGCAAUGAUAUGGUUCCUCCGCUGGAGGGCGGGCGACAGUUGCAGCUGGAGCCUUAUCCUGGGGAUUCGCUGCCGGAGCCGCUGCCGCGGUCGUAUCAGUUGCCCGAGAUUGAGCCGUAG